UGGCAUGUGACCCAUCAAAUUUCUUGGAAUUUUAUACAGAACGCGAUUAAAAGUCCCCUACAAUCUUUACACAAAUAUUUAAGUCACUAUAGCGAGCCUUGCAAAAAAACUGAAUUAGAACAAGUCCCUUGUGACAGCCCUUUAAGAAUCCAGAAUAUUCUCGAGUUAGUUUUACCUUAUGAACGAUUUACUAUUGAAAAAAAAACUAGUUCAAACGGUAAAAGAUAAACCUUGGACGACAAGGUUACCUCUAUACCGAGACCUUGCCAGCGGUACCAUACCCACCGCAGUCACAAUUUUGGACAGUACCGAAAAAUCCGUUCAUUCUUCGAUAACAUUUCGGGCGGGAAACAGAUCCACUCGCCCCACCGAAAAAAACCCAAACCGUAGUAGCACGUAGUGGAGAACGAGGAAAAAAAAACAAAACAAGACAGAAAAAAAAAAGAAAGAAAAUCCUUCUCCGGCGCGCCGAACAUCGUGGUAGGCCGAGGAACGCGCUUCUCACUCUUCGCACCGCGCUCAGUUGUUUUAGUAACGCGUUCGCGUUGCGCAAACUUAAGUUGGCUGUGCGCGAUAGUCGGACGGACGGGACUAACGACCGCGCCAAUUCGUUUGUCUUUUGUUUUUUUUUUUUUUUGGUUUUUCGAAAAAGCCGGCAAUUGUUUUUUUUUGGAUUUUUGAAAAAAUUGCUUUGAAAGGGAGCUCUUAACGUGGAUGGAUAAUUGGACAAGUGGAAAAGUGGGAUUUUUCUAUUGUGCCGACUGAAUGAUAUUUGGGAAUUGUUGCAUUGGUGGUGUGAGAGAGGAUACGAUUUUUUUUCAACUCCUAGAGUGUUGUGAUUGGUUACUUUUAUAAGUUGGAUUAUCGUGCUUUUUUUGAUAUUGGAUUAACUACUUUUAUGAUGGAUAAUUUUGGAUCUACAAAAAACCAGCGUUCAUGUUUUGGAGACGGUUCCAGAUCCAUAGGGAUAUAUCAAGGUGUCUGAAACCAGUGGUCCUUCAACAGUUGCCGUUAGGAUAGCAGCAAAGAUCAGCCCCCACGUACUGCCCCUUGGCGGGGGGCAAGAAUAUCCAAUGUCCGCUCUGGCGAUGCCCUUUAUCGAUAACGAUCUUCUAUGGAGUAGUGAUCACGAUGGCAAAAUGGUCGAUUUAUCCUCUUGUUUACAGGACGCCUCAGUGGCAAUUGGUACUCAAUCGCCUGCAACUAGUGCUAGUUCUACAGCUUUGGGCGAGUUAUGCCAGUCUGAUUUGACCAACUUCGUUCCUCCGAUGACGCAUGAAGGGGUGGCCGAUAACGCUCCCAUGGGGGAUGCUGAUGAUAUUUUUAAGCAUCUUAGUGAUACCACCGCUAUUGAGAUCGAGCAUAUAUUAAGCGAGUUCAAUACGACCUAUAUUAAGGAAGAAAACAACAACACGAUCGCCAAUGACCAGUGCAGUAGUAGUAACCCGGACUCUCCGCAGAGGUCGCCGUCGAUCGCCGAGCUGGGGCGUAAGUUCACCAUCGCGGCGGCCAACCCGAUCUUGGCGGAGAAACUGGCGACGCCUAGCGAUCAGAGUUUGAACUUGACGACGGCGCAUGCGUCCACGGACGGCAGGCAGUUGGCCACGCUCACGCCAAAAGUAGAGAAAGUUGAUAAGGAACAAAACAACUACCUGCACCAAUUGCUGUCGAGGCAAAGGAGUGAUAUCCAGCAUCCGUCCCUAUGCGAUUAUACCAGAAGAAAGGCUGUUUUUCCUAACACCACAGGAUCGUUACCGCCCAGCCCGGCGGACUCGGGCGUUUCGGACGUGGACAGUUCAUCUUCAGGGCACACGUCUACCGAUGAAUUGAAGGCGAGACUGCAGCCGUCGAUUCAUUCGCCUGUAGGCGGACUGUUUCCCAGGCAUCCCGCUUUAACGUGGAACACACCGUUACACCAGCAUGGCCAGAGGCAGAUGGGUCAACAGUUUUACCAACCGUUUUCCACGAAUUUGGACCCCUAUCAAAACUACCUGCUACAAGCUCAACAUCACCACGUGUCGACGCACCCCCACCAGUCGAUGCAUCAACAUCACCCGCAUAACCAGCACCCGUCGCCCUUCACCACCCCAACCCCGCCGUCCCCACCGCUCAGACACCACUCGGGGAUUCCCACGUCGGUGAUACAGGCGGCCACCAGUUCCGUCUACGACGACCCCUACCUACUGGGAUUCUCACCCAGGAAACUGAAGAAGGUGAAGAAACAAAGGCUUGGCGAGCCCGGUACUGCCCCCAAACGGAAAAGUCGCGAGGGUUCGACGACGUACCUAUGGGAAUUUUUGCUCAAACUGCUCCAGGACCGCGAGUACUGUCCGAGGUACAUCAAGUGGACAAAUAGGGAGAAGGGGGUGUUCAAACUGGUCGACUCCAAGGCGGUUUCAAGGCUAUGGGGGAUGCACAAGAAUAAACCAGAUAUGAACUACGAGACAAUGGGGAGGGCGUUAAGAUACUACUACCAAAGGGGUAUUUUAGCCAAAGUGGAUGGGCAACGUCUCGUAUACCAAUUCGUAGAAGUACCAAAAGACAUCGUAGAAAUAGACUGUACGGGGGCGGCGUGAACUUAAAAACACAACUGCCAAUAACUGCCCUAAUACUCAGCCCUACUACUAAAUCUGCCCAGUCGAAAGUACAAUUAUGGUUCUUAAAGACUAUUUUGAUAAGCAUAGUUUACAUACAACGUAGCGGCAAAUUGUGAAUCUUACAACGAAUUAAGAGGAUCCAGAGUUUAUUUAGGAGAAUUUCUUGAUGGAGGGAUAUCGUGGGCCCUGUUGACCAUCUACCACCCCUCCUAACGCCCGGAAGACUGCAAAAAAGAAUUUUACGUAGAAGAUUUUUUUGUACUGUAGAUCUCCUUAUUUAUAACAAGUAACGCGGUUCGAAAAGUGUGAGACGAAAAAUAUUGAUGAAUUUUACUAUUAAAGGUUGUGGUAAUUUAUAAGAGUUUAAUCAUUUGUUUUUUAUGGGUUUGUUACUGGAUGGAUGUCUGAGGACCAAAAUGCGUUUUUUUCCUUGUCAGCCCGUGAGUAUAUUAGAUAAAUAUAUAUUUUUUGGAAAUGUGGUUUAACAAAAAGGUGAAUUUUUGAAUUAUUUUUUGUGUGGUUCUCAUAUUUAGAGCACCCUAUUAUAUUGUUUAAAAAAUAAAUUAUUGUAAAAAGGAUUUUCCAGUUUCGAUAAGAGUAUUUUUAAAGUGUUGGCAGUUCCGGUCAUAACAGAAAUAGGAGCUAACUUCCUUAUUUUAAAUAAGAGGCUGUAUAUAUUUGUGCAUUUUUGGAUUCUCCGUAAAAUUCUAAGACAUUUAAUGGUCACAUGAUAUACUUUGGAGAAGUACUUUUUGAGAUAUAUUGUAUUAAAGAAAUAUCAUAUUUUAUAAGUUGACGUUGGUUUUCGGUAUAAUUGUAGUAUGCUGUUUUUAAUGUUAUUAAAUAGUGUUUUUCAAGGUGGCCUGAAUAAUUAACAAAAUUUUCAAAUUAGUAGCACUUCCGGUUUUACCGGAAAUAGGUGCUUAAUUUCCUAUUUUUAAUAGGAGACUCUAUAUAUUUAGAUCUAUAUAUAUUUGGCUUCUACAUGAAAUUUCAUGAAGUGUAUGACGUUUAUUUCCAGUUUAUCAAUAUUAUAGACAUUUCAAAAAUUCCUAAAAAAUAAGUUUAGGUCCAAGUAAAGACCCAGAAAUUAAGAGUCAAAAUUACCCGAUGAAAAAAAUUAUAAUUGACAAAAACGCUUUUGAAAAUUCUCAAAAAAAAUAUUUAGGACCGCUGUAUAGGAUUGAAAUUUUGUAUGUUUUAGCCAAGGGCUUAUACUAACUUUUUUUAAAGAAUCAUUUUUUUCUAAAUCUACAGGAUGUCCCAGAAAUUAAGAGUCAAAUUUAUCCAAUGAAAAAAAUACAAUUGACAAAAGCACUUUUGAAAAUUUUCAAAAAAAAUUAUUUAGGACUGCUGUAUAGUGUUGAAAUUUUAGUAUGUUUUAGUCAAGGGGUUAUACUAACUUUUUUUUCAAAACCAAAUUUUUCUAAAUGUACAGGAUGUUCCAGAAAUUAAGGGUUAAAGUUAUCCAAUGAAAAAAACUACAAUUGACAAAAGAACUUUUGAAAAUUCUCAAAAAAAAAAUAAUGGGACCGCUGUACAGGGUUGAGAUUUUAGUAUGUUUUAGACAAAGGGUUAUACUAACUUUUCUUUUAAAAUCACAUUUUUUCUAAAUGUACAGGAUGUCCCAGAAAUUAAGGGUCAAAAUUAUCCAUUGAAAAAAACUACAAUUGACAAAAGCACUUUUGAAAAAUUCUCAAAAAAAUAUUUAGGACUGCUGUACAGGGUUGUAAUUUUAGUAUGUUUUAGUCAAGGGCUUAUACUAACUUUUCUUAAUGAAUCAAUUUUUUUCUUAAUCUACAGGAGGUCCCAGAAAUUAAGGGUCAAAUUUAUCGACUGAAAAAAACUACAAUUGACAAAAGCACUUUUAAAAAUUCUCAAAAAAAUAUUUAGGACCGCUGUACACGAUUAAAAUUUUAGUAUGUUUUAGUCCAGGGCUUAUACUAUUUUUCUUAAAGAAUUACUUUUUUUCUAAAUGUACAGCAUGUCCCAGAAAUUAAGGGUCAAAUUUAUCCAAUGAAAAAAACUACAAUUGACAAAAACACUUUUGAAAAUUCUCAAAAAAAUAUAUUUAGGACCCCUGAACAGGGUUAAAAUCUUAGUAUGUUUUAGUCAAGGGCUUAUGCUAACUUUUUUUAAAAAAUUUUUUUUUUCCUAAUGUACAGGAUGUCCCAGAAAUUAAGGGUCAAAUUUAUCCAAUGAAAAAAACUACAAUUGACAAGAGCACUUUUGAAAAUUAAAAAAAAUAUAUAUUUAGGACUGCUGUACAGGGUUGAAAUUUUAGUAUGUUUUAGUCAAGGGUUUAUACUAGUUUCUCCAUAAGAAUUAAUUUUUUUUAUGUACAAGAUGCCCCAGAAAUUAAGAGUCAAAGUUAUCCAAUGAAAAAACUACAAUUGACAAGAGCACUUUUGAAAAAUUUUAAAAAAAUAUUUAAGACCGCUGUACAGGGUUAAAAUUUUAGUAUGUUUUAGCCAAGGGCUUAUACUAACUUUUCUUAAAGAAUCAUUUUUUUUCUAAAUCUACAGGAUGUCCCAGAAAUUAAGGGUCAAAUUUAUCCCUUGAAAAAAACUACAAUUGACAAAAGCACUUUUGAAAGUUUAAAAAAAAAUAUUUGGGACUGCUGUACAGGGUUGAAAUUUUAGUAUGUUUUAGUCAAGGGUUUAUACUAACUUUUUUUUAAAACAAAAUUUUUCUAAAUGUACAGGAUGUCUCAGAAAUUAAAGGUCAAAGUUAUCCAAUGAAAAAAACUACAAUUGACAAAAGCACUUUUGAAAAUUCUCAAAAAAAUAUUUAGGACCACUGUACAGGAUUGAAAUUUUAGUAUGUUUUAGCCAAGGGCUUAUACUUACUUUUCGUAAAGAAUCAAUUUUUUUCUAAAUCUAUAGGAUGUCCCAGAAAUUAAGGGUCAAAUUUAUCCAAUGAAAAAAACUACAAUUGACAAAAGCACUUUUGAAACUUCUCAAAAAAAAUUAUUUAGGACUGCUGUAUAGGGUUGAAAUUUUAGUAUGUUUUAGUCAAGGGGUUGUACAAACUUUUUUUUUAAAACCAAAUUUAUCUAAAUAUACAGGAUGUCCCAGAAAUGAAGGGUCAAAGUUAUCCAAUGAAAAAAAACUACAAUUGACAAAAGAACUUUUGAAAAUUCUCAAAAAAAAUAUUUGGGACCGCUGUACAGGGUUGAGAUUUUAGUAUGUUUUAGUCAAGGGUUUAUACUAACUUUUUUUUAAAACAAAAUUUUUUCUAAAUGUAUAGGAUAUCCCAGAAAUUAAGGGUCAAAAUUACCGAAUGAAAAAAACUAUAAUUGACAAAAGCACUUUCGAAAAAUUUAAAAAAAAAAAUAUUUAGGACCGCUGUACAGGGUUGAAAUUUUAGUAUGCUUUAGUCAAGGGCUUAUACUAACUUCUCUUUAAAACUAAAUUUUUUUUAAAUAUACAGGAUGUGCCAGAAAUUAAGGGUCAAAGUUAUCCAAUGAAAAAAACUACAAUUGAAAAAAGCACUUUUGAAAAUUCUCAAAAAAAUAUUUAGGACCGCUGUACAGGAUUGAAAUUUUAGUAUGUUUUAGCCAAGGGCUUAUACUAACUUUUCGUAACGAAUCAAUUUUUUUUUAAUCUACAGGAUGUCCCAGAAAUUAAGGGUCAAAUUUAUCCAAUGAAAAAAACUACAAUUGACAAAAGCACUUUUGAAACUUCUCAAAAAAAAUUAUUUAGGACUGCUGUAUAGGGUUGAAAUUUUAGUAUGUUUUAAUCAAGGGGUUAUACUAACUUUUUUUUUAAAACCAAAUUUAUCUAAAUGUACAGGAUGUCCCAGAAAUGAAGGGUCAAAGUUAUCCAAUGAAAAAAAACUACAAUUGACAAAAGAACUUUUGAAAAUUCUCAAAAAAAAUAUUUGGGACCGCUGUACAGGGUUGAGAUUUUAGUAUGUUUUAGUCAAGGGCUUAUACUAACUUCUCUUUAAAACUAAAUUUUUUUUUAAAUAUACAGGAUGUGCCAGAAAUUAAGGGUCAAAGUUAUCCAAUGAAAAAAACUACAAUUGAAAAAAGCACUUUUGAAAAUUCUCAAAAAAAUAUUUAGGACCGCUGUACAGGAUUGAAAUUUUAGUAUGUUUUAGCCAAGGGCUUAUACUAACUUUUCGUAAAGAAUCAAUUUUUUUCUAAAUCUAUAGGAUGUCCCAGAAAUUAAGGGUCAAAUUUAUCCAAUGAAAAAAACUACAAUUGACAAAAGCACUUUUGAAACUUCUCAAAAAAAAUUAUUUACGACUGCUGUAUAGGGUUGAAAUUUUAGUAUGUUUUAGCCAAGGGCUUAUACUAACUUUUCGUAACAAAUCAAUUUUUUUUUAAUCUACAGGAUGUCCCAGAAAUUAAGGGUCAAAUUUAUCCAAUGAAAAAAACUACAAUUGACAAAAGCACUUUUGAAAAUUCUCAAAAAAAUAUAUUUAGGACCGCUGUACAGGGUUGAGAUAUUAGUAUGUUAUAGACAAAGGGUUAUACUAACUUUUCUUUAAAAAUCACAUUUUUUCUAAAUGUACAGGAUGUUCCAGAAAUUAAGGGUCAAAUUUAUCCAUUGAAAAAAACUACAAUUGACAAAAACACUUUUGAAAAAUUAAAAAAAAAAUAUUUAGGACUGCUGUACAGGGUUAAAAUUUUAGUAUGUUUUAGUCAAGGGGUUAUACUAACUUUUUUUUUUUAAACAAAAUUUUUCUAAAUGUACAGGAUGUUCCAGAAAUUAAGGGUCAAAUUUAUCCAAUGAAAAAAACUACAACUGACAAAAGCACUUUUGAAAAUUUUCAAAAAAAAAUAUUUAGGACCGCUGUACAGGGUUAAAAUUUUAGUAUGUUUUAGUCAAGGGCUUAUGCUAACUUUUUUUUAGAAAAAUUUUUUUUCCUAAUGUACAGGAUAUCCAAAAAAUUAAGGGUCAAAAUUCAUCAUGUAUCGCAUGUGACCCCUCUCAUUAGAAUUUCACGUAGUAAAAAUAUACACGGUGUCGAUUUAAAAAUAACAAAGUUGCCAUUUACUUUCUGUUUAUCAACAUUAUAUGUUAAUUUCUAAAGGCAAAUAAAAAUGUUUAAAAGAUCGCCUGUUCUAUUUACAUCAUUUUCAAGAAAACAGCUAUUCCAGAAAUACGUGCUAACUUCCUUAUUCUAUAUAGUACACCUUGUAUAUUUUUACAUAUUUGGAUUCUACGUGAAAUUUUAAGAAAUCUGAUGGGUCACAUCACAUACUUUGGCAAAAUGGUUUUUGAGAUAAAAACAGUUGAAAACCAUAAAUGUUUUAAAAUUUUUCCAAAAACAACUUUUUAAUUUAAUUAAAAUCCGGAUUAGUAAAUAAUUGCUAAAAAUAAACAUGAAAACUAUUGCUUACUUCUUUAAAACAAUUCGAUUUUAUAACCUUUAAUUUUUUUAAAAUUAAUUAUAUCUCGCAAACUCUUUGAGUAAAGUAUGGCAUGUGACCCCUCAAAUUUUUUAAAAUUUUACGUAGAAACCGAAGAUACUAAAAUAAAUACGGUUUUACAAAGACAAUUUCGAAAUUAACUAGUUUCUUCCAGUAAAAAAAUAUUAUUUUUACUGGAUUACCUUAUAUAUUAAUACGUCUUCAUAUUCUAUGUAAAAUUCCAUUAAUUUUGAGGGGUCACUCGAUAUACUUUAAUAGACGGGUUUUUAAGAUAUAAGUCCUUUUUAUGAUUUUUAACCGCUUAUAUCUCCUGAACCGUUUGACGAAAGUAUAUCAUGUGACCCAUCAAAUUUCUUGGCAUUUCACGUAGAAUCCAAAAAUGCAAAAAUAUACAAAGUGUACUAUAUAAAAUAAAAGAGUUAGCACCUGUUUUCUGUAUAUCAGAAAGUGUUGCAUAAAAAUCUAAUAACAUAUAAGGUGUCCCAUAUAAAAUAAUCCAAUUUUCUACUAAUAAAGUUUCAAAAAAAAAUGUUUGUUAAACCACAUUGUACGUGCAAUAUACAUACAUUACUAACUUAUAGUCCAUAAAACUACUUAAAGUACAAAACCAAGUCAAAUUAAGUUCAUCCACAGUUUUUUUGGUGCUCGGUUUAGGAAAUUUUACAAAAUGGAAAUUAGACUGCGUCGGUGCCUACGGAAUGAAACAAAAAAAACUUAUAGGAAGAUUGUUAGGUUACGAUAUUAUUAAUAAUGAUUAUUGCUCUCUUUUCACUCAAUGAAUUUAGAAAAAGAAAAAAAAAUGAUCUCCCUUAUAAAAAUGUACAUAAAUGUGUACUUAUUCAUGUCAUGUCAAUGUCUAAAAUUGUUCUUUUUAUUUGUUUAUUUAUGUGAUGGUACUGCCACGAUUUAAAUAUUUUUGUAUAUUCUUGUAUAGUAUUUAUUAAUUUUUUUUAUUUAAAAGGUGAAUUUUCAAAUUAGCAGCCCCCCCUUCACUCUCACCAUACGUACCUAAAAACGUGUCUUUUUUAGAGAAAUUUACCCCAGCAAAUCGACAAAAGUUCAAAUUAAAAAUCAGGUGUUUUUUAUAUAAUAAAUUAUAUCGAGAAACGUUUUUUAUACAUAAUGAUAGAUUUAGUAACUGUUAAAUGUUCUAAAUAUAAUGUGUUACUUAAAUGGGAUCUAAUAUACAAAAUUUAAACCCAUAAAUGUUGUCCUCUAUAUCUAUACAAUGUCCCAUUUUCGAUGUUACGAUGGAAUAUUCCUAAGUGUCCCUACUAUAUUAUAAAUUAAUUAAAUGAAGAUUGCUAAAUGUAAAUUUAUAUCGGUGAUAAAUGUUAUAUAUAAAUAAUUGUUUGUAAAUAUUAGAUAGAUUUUUAUCGUAUUGCAAAAACAGAACACUAUUUUUCAGUACGUUUUAUUUUUGUGGACGGACGAGAGGUGAAUAAUUGCGUUUUUAAAUAACUAUUGUAAAUGUUUAUAUUUAAAUUAAGUGAGUACUUUUAUUAUAUAUAUAGUUUAUGUAAUAUUUUUGUCUUUACAAAAUAAAUAACACUAGAAAGUA